AAAAGUUAGAUUAUUGCCUCUGCUUAAACCACCUCCAUAUUUGAUGAAUCUCUAUACUUCAUCAGAAUCUGAAGCUAAUUCUUUUCGUAAAAAUGUUAGAAGUUAUAACAGUUUAUUAGCUUACACAUCAUUUGGUGCUAAUGUAAAUGAUGAAUUUCAAAGUAAAGGAAUAUCUAAUUUCAGCAUUCAUAAUCAAGUUUAUCAUCUUAUUGGACCAUUAUUACCAGAAAAAGGACAAGUACUUAGAUUUGCUCAACUAUAUAUAUAUGAUACUGAACAUGAAAUUAGAAAUCAUCUUAAUCUUAUGCAAAAUUUAGAUGUAACAAUUCUAAAAAACUUACAAAAUAUGCUUGACAUAAUCAAUCCUUAUAUUCAUAUUUUUCGAUAA